AUGUGUCGAACUUUCGCUGCCGAGGCCCUUGGACUGGGAAUGAUCAUUUUUAUUGUAAAAUGUCACGCAGCUGAACACGAGUUAAAGAGUCCAUUCAGCGGUGCCGCUUCCGCCGCAUUCGCUGUCGCCAUGUGGACUGUGGGGCCAGUCAGUGGACUGCAACUCACACCGAUCCUCUCUGUUGUAUUCCUGAUAAUCAGGCGGAUCAAUUUUGUCUACUGCAUAUUGGGAAUGGCUGGACAACGUUUUGGUGCCGUGAUUGGAUUAGCACUGGCCUCAAGACUGGUACCCGGUCUGCUAGAUAACGCUGCUUUAAAUUUACACGUCCUAGAAAAAAAUGUGAAUGACGGACAGGUUUUUGGAUUGGAAUGUUUAUGCAGUUCUCUAUUGAUUAUCUGCUGUUUGAGCACGCUGGAUGAAUUACGAAAGCUGCAUUAG